UUAGGAGGCACACACCGACCAACCAGUUGUUCCAGGGAGCACAGACUGAUAUAAAAGCACGUCCCUGCGUCAUUCUGGCGUGUCCGUCUAUCCUCAGCUCGUUGAGGGGAAAAAAAAAGAAAAAUUCCCUCAUUAUACCCGUUACUAUUUAGGAACAAACAGUAGUCUGUGGCUGAAGGUGAAACAGUAAGAUGAUUCCUUUCCGUGUGGUUUUGCCGCUGCUGCUGGCAGUGUGCUCCUAUCAGUGCAGACGUGUGAAUGGCUCAAGAGCAUCUUGUGAGGUGUCACAGUUUCAGUGUAAAAAUGGCCGCUGUAUUCCCUCUGUAUGGAAAUGUGAUGGUGAUGAUGAUUGUUCUGAUGGAAGUGAUGAAAGUUCCUGUGCUAAGAAGACCUGUGGUGGAUCUGACUUUGUGUGCCAUGAUGGACAUUGUGUGCCUAGUAGGUGGCAGUGUGAUGGUGAUGCUGAUUGUGAAGAUGGAUCAGAUGAAAGCCCAGAAGUCUGUUACAUGAGAACUUGUCGUGUCAAUGAAGUCAACUGUAGCCCUGGAUCUACUCAAUGCAUUCCUAUGCCCUGGAGAUGUGAUGGUGAAAGAGAUUGUGAUGAUGGUGGAGAUGAGGCAAAUUGUGGUGCCCUCACUUGCAGUACACUAGAAUUUACAUGUGCCAGUGGCAGAUGCAUUUCAAAGACAUUUGUCUGCAAUGGUGAAGAUGACUGCGGUGAUGGAAGUGAUGAAAAUGGCUGUCCACCACCAACCUGUGGCCCACAUGAAUUUCAGUGUAAUAGUUCUGAAUGUAUUCCUCUGCAAUGGGUGUGUGACAGUGAUGUCGACUGCACUGAUCACUCAGAUGAGUCUCCAGAACAUUGUGGGCGCACCCUUCCUCCCCUCAUAGAGUGCUCUGCUGGUGAGAUCCGAUGUGAUUCAGGUGAAUGCAUCCACCGCAGAUGGUACUGUGAUGGAGAUCCUGACUGCAAAGAUGAAAGUGAUGAAGUAAAUUGCCCUCCUCAAACUUGUAGACCAGAUAACUUCAGAUGUGGUGAUGGUGACUGCAUCCACGGAAGCAGGCAAUGUAAUGGAUUCAGAGACUGUUCUGAUGGCACUGAUGAGCUCAACUGUAGGAACAUUUCAGAGUGUACUGGUCCAACUAACUUCAGGUGUCAUAGUGGAGAAUGUAUUGACAUGACUCAAGUAUGUAAUCAGCAGCAGGAUUGCAGGGAUUGGAGUGAUGAACCCCUCAAAGAAUGCAAUUUGAAUGAAUGCUUGGGGAACAAUGGAGAAUGUUCUCAUAUCUGCAGAGAUCUUGUCAUUGGUUAUGAAUGUGAUUGCCCUGCUGGCUUCCAGCUGGUUGACAGAAAAACAUGUGGAGAUGUUGAUGAAUGCCAAAAUCCUGGGGUGUGCAGUCAAAUUUGCAUUAACUUGAAAGGAGGCUAUAAGUGUGAAUGUUAUGAACGAUAUCAAAUGGAUCCAGCUAAUGGAGUGUGCAAGGCAGUAGGUAAAGAACCCUAUUUAAUGUUCACAAAUCGUCGUGACAUCAGGAAAAUAGGACUAGAGCAUAAGGAGUAUACUGAAGUAGUUGAGCAGCUAAGAAAUACUGUAGCACUGGAUGCUGACAUUGCAGCACAAAGACUCUUCUGGGCUGACUUAGGACAACGGGCAAUUUUCAGCACUUCUCUGGACCAAAGGAGUUCAGCUGGCCAUUCUAGAAUUGUUAGUGAUGUACAAAUCCCUGUGGGGAUUGCUGUUGACUGGAUUUACAAGAACAUCUACUGGACUGAUCUGGGUUUUAAAACUCUAUCUGUGGCUACCUUUGAUGGAACCAAAAAGAAGACUCUCUUUGACACUGAUCUAAGGGAACCAGCUUCUGUAGCUGUUGACCCACUAACUGGAUUUGUUUACUGGUCAGAUUGGGGUGAACCAGCAAAGAUAGAAAAAGCAGGAAUGAAUGGUGUUGAUCGACAGCUGCUUGUUACCAGAAAUAUUCAAUGGCCAAAUGGAAUUUCACUUGAUCUUGUGAAAAGCCGCCUCUAUUGGGUUGACUCAAAAAUGCACACAUUGUCCAGUGUGAACUUAAGUGGACAAGAUAGAAGGAGGGUGCUUUUGUCACAAGACUUCCUUGCUCAUCCUUUCGCAGUUACUGUAUUUGAAGACUGUGUAUUCUGGACUGAUGGAGAAAAUGAAGCUAUUUAUGGAGCCAACAAGUUCACAGGAUUAGAUGUAGUUGUCCUUGCUUCUAAUCUUAAUGAACCUCAAGAUAUUAUAGUUUAUCAUGAACUCAUACAGCCAUCAGGCAAAGACUGGUGCAAUGAGAGACUGAAGAAUGGAGGCUGUGAACACAUGUGUCUACCUGCUCCUCAAAUUAACAGCCAUUCACCAAAGUACACCUGUGUAUGCCCAUCUGGAAUGGAGCUAGCACAAGAUGGUCAAAAAUGUAUAAUGGGAACUGGAAGCACUGGACAUGCUCACCUUCUGCCUUCAACAAGGCCCCAUAUAACAUCAACUAGCAUGCCUGGCUCCAUAGGUGUAAAUUCAAGUAUUCCACUUCAAGUGAGCCAGUUUGGGAAAGGAUCAGCAGCUGUCUGGAUUAUCCUUCCUGUUUUGCUUCUGGCAAUAGCCGGUGUGGCUGGUUACAUUGCAUGGCGCAACUGGCAAAGCAAGAAUACAAAAAGUAUGAAUUUUGAUAAUCCUGUCUACUUGAAAACUACUGAGGACGAUUUGAAUAUUGAUCUCAGCGGACAAAGUCAAGCAGUUGGUCAUGCCUGCCCUGCAAUCUCUAUUGUCAACACAGAAGAUGAUUCAGCUUGAUGUUUCUCCUGGAUGGAUUCUUUUAAUCAACCCAGAGUUUGAUAUUCAGCGCAGUGACAUCACCAAGGCACAAGAGCAUGUAGUGUGGUUUGUAGACAGUUUCUACUACAUGUGUAUAUUUAUUUAAAGGAGUAAAAUGUCACUGGUGUCAUUCCUCAAUCUUGCAGUAUUGAAAUUAACUUUACAAACACUUCACCUUUGUGUGGUGAAAUGCAGUCUAAAGAUGCUGUUACUUGUAUAAACUUGUAAAUAAGUCUUGAGCAUUUUGAAUACUCUGUAAAUAACAUUUUUGCAAUGGUUGGGGUAAAGGGACAACUGAUGCCAAACUGCCAAGGGUUUGUAAGAAUUUUUAUAUGACAAAUAUAAAUUUGUCUAACUUAAUUGCCAUGAUUUGAAAAACAAUGCUGUCAAAUGAAAUUAAAUGUGUAAUUUCA